AUGCUUUCACUGCCCAAGUUGACGUCCCUGCAAAACCGUGUUGCGAUUGUGACGGGAGCCGGGGGUGGUCUUGGAAAAGAAUACGCUCUCCUGCUUGCUUCAUACGGGGCUCGCGUGAUCGUAAACGACUAUGGUGGCUCUCUGGAUGGUCAACGCGGAACCAUUUCUCGUGCUCAAGCUGUCGUCGACGAGAUACGAGGAAAGGGAGGAGAGGCAAUUGCUGAUGAUCACGAUAUCUCCAUCCAAGCCGAGGUCCAACAACUUGUACAGAACGCCAUAAAUGAGUAUGGGACAGUACAUAUCGUGGUCAACAAUGCGGGGACCGCUGGCCAGGCCAGCUCUCACGACAAUGUGAACGUCGACUCAUUCCGGCGAACCUGGGAAAUUGCUGCCUUGGGAACUAUUCUUGUCAUCAGCGCGGUGUACCCGACCAUGGAGAAGCAGGGCUACGGCCGCAUCAUCAACACUUCCUCCGACAGCAUCUUCGGCAUGGGUGCUGGUGGUGAUGGAGGCUACGUGUCCAGCAAAGGAGCCACAUACGGUUUGACCCGAGAGCUUGGCCGAAUGAGCGUCAGGCACGGUAUCAAGAUCAACGGAGUUUUGCCUUCGGCUGCGUCUCGAAUGUCCGACCUCUCGCCUGUUGUCAAGCGUAUCACGAGACAGUACUUUGACACUCACCUUGUGGCAGACUUUGUGGUAGCUUUGGCCAGCGAGGAAUGCCCCGUGUCUGGGGAAUUGUUCAGCGUUGGUGGCGGGAGAGCUGCGAGAACAACCUUGGCUACUGUCCCGGGACAUUCUGGAGAGAAUACGCCAGAGGGCUACUUGGCCAACUUUGACAAGGUUCUUGGAACAACAGAGGACCUUUUUGUACCGAAGGAUACUCUAGACCAGGUUUCGUAUGCGAUAAGGCAUGCAACUGGCAUAGAUGUAGAUGUCAACUCUUUAGAGUGA